ACCUCAUGAUGGGCAAAGGCUCCUCCAAGACAAGCACUACGGUGCUCCCCCUCAUUCCCCUCGCGCCGCCCCUCGCCGUGCUCCCCGGCACCACGCUCAAGAUCCCGAUUGCCAAUCGCUCCGAUGUCGCGGCCAUUCUCGCAAAGAUAUACAGCAUCAGUCCCACGGCAAAGCCCGAUGCCGCCAUCACGGUCGCGUGCGUGCCCCUCCGCUCCAACACGCUCGGCCCGGAAGGCCACCUGCUGAUUGACGACACUCGCCAUGCCGACAAGACGGUCUACGAGAGCGACCCCAUGCAGGCCACCAAGAAGGACAUUUUUGGCUAUGGCUGCGUCGCAAAGGUCAGCGGCGUCCACGGCCGCAAGCAGGGCGAUCUGAGCCUGAUUGUCGAGGGGCUCGAGCGGGUGCAGAUUGUCGGGGUUGUCCAGGAGAGGCCGUACUUUGAGGGCGAGUUGGCGCCUGUUGAAGAAUACAUCGACAUUGGAAACGCAGACCUCCUGAACCAGUUCAACCUCCUCAAGCAGCUCUCGCGCGAGCUGCUCGCCCUGGUCCGGCUCUCCGCCAUCCUACCGCGCACCCCCCAAGUCACACUGUCACCGAUUGUCGCUCGGAGACUCGAAAUGUUCAUCACAAGAAAGGACCUGUCGGAUGCUGGCUUGCUGGCCGACUUCAUGGCCAAUGUGGUGGACAGUACACAUGAAGAGACGCUGCGCGUACUCGCAGCUGUCGACGUAAAGGACAGGGUCGAUAGAGUUAUUGAGAUUCUGCAAAGGCAAAUCACCAGCAUCCAAGGCAACACGCGCAUGACGGUUGCGACGGUACAGCCAUCGGGCGGCGCCUUGGACAUGGACACACUGCGAAAACUACAACAAGAAGUUCUCAAGAGGCGGAGCAAGAUGGGCGGGGUGCCCGCUGGCUUCCCCGGCGGUGGGCAGCAGCAGGCUGGUGAAGAGGAGCCCAAUGAGAUUGAUGAGCUGAAGAAGAGACUGGAAGACGCCAAGCUGUCGCCAGAAGCCAACAAGGCGGCACAGCGAGAAUUAUCAAGACUGCAGAAGAUGAACCCGGCACAGGCUGAGUACCAGGUAUGCCGCAACUAUCUCGAGAACCUUGCCGAAAUUCCUUGGACCAAGACAACCGUCGAUCAGCUUGAUGCAAACACGCUCGUGAGGGCCAAGAAGCAGCUGGACGACGACCACUACGGUUUGGAAAAGAUCAAGAAGAGGCUGCUCGAGUACCUGGCCGUGCUCAAGCUGAAGGAGCAGGCGAACAAGAGCAUUGAUGACCAGAUCCGGUCCCUGACCGAGGCGCCCAAUGACGGGGAAGCCAAGCAACAAGACCCGGAAGAGAAGGCCCCCAAGGAACCGUCCGAGACGGAGCUGCGGCUGCUGGAGAAGAAGCGCAUGGUCGACAAGUCGCCGAUCAUGCUUCUUGUCGGGCCCCCUGGCACCGGAAAGACAUCACUGGCCAAGUCGAUUGCCACGGCGCUUGGCCGCAAGUUCCACCGCAUCUCCCUCGGUGGUGUUCGUGACGAGGCAGAGAUCCGUGGUCACCGUCGGACCUAUGUCGCAGCCAUGCCUGGUCUAAUUGUCAGCGGACUGAAGAAGGUCGGUGUUGCGAACCCCGUCUUCCUGCUUGACGAGAUCGACAAGCUCGGCAUGUCCAACCACAACGGCGACCCUGGCGCUGCUAUGCUCGAAGUGCUCGACCCGGAGCAGAACCACAACUUUACCGACCACUACGUCAAUAUCCCCAUCGACCUGUCCAAGGUUCUCUUUAUUGCCACGGCCAACUCGCUCGAUACCAUUCCACCUCCACUUCUCGACCGUAUGGAGACUAUUCAGCUGUCUGGCUAUACCACGCUUGAGAAGCGUCACAUUGCUGCUAGGCACCUGAUUCCCAAGCAAAUCACAUCCAACGGUCUGCACCCCGAUAAUCUCAAGAUACCCACCGAGGUGUUGGACAAAAUCAUUACAUCAUACACGCGCGAAUCCGGUGUCCGAAAUCUCGAACGGGAAAUUGGCUCCGUAUGCCGUGCCAAAGCUGUGGAGUACGCCACGGCCAAAGACACAAAUACACUUGCAGCCUAUUCUCCUGUCGUGACGCUUGAAGAUGUCGACUCGAGCCUAGGCAUUGAAAAGUUUGCUGAAGAACUCACGGAGCAGUCGUCUCGCCCUGGUGUUAUAACGGGCCUUGUUGCUUACUCGAGCGGCGGCCAGGGCUCCAUCCUCUUUAUUGAAAUCGCAGACAUGCCAGGCCAAGGGCGUGUCCAGCUCACGGGCAAACUAGGCGACGUGCUCAAGGAAAGCGUCGAAGUGGCCUUGACGUGGGUCAAAGCCCAUGCAUUCGAACUGGGCCUAAGCACGACGCACGACGAAGACAUUAUGAAGAACCGAAGCAUCCAUGUGCACUGCCCCAGCGGCGCCAUCCCCAAAGACGGGCCCUCUGCGGGCCUCGCCCACACCAUCGGCCUCAUUUCCCUCUUCUCAAACCAGCCCGUUCCACCUACGCUCGCCAUGACGGGCGAAAUCUCACUGCGCGGACGCGUGCUCCCUGUAGGCGGCAUCAAGGAGAAGCUCAUUGGUGCGCUGCGCGCCGGCGUCGAGCGAGUGCUGCUUCCCGAGGGCAACCGCAAAGACGCUCGCGACUUGCCCGACGAAGUUCUCCGCGGGCUCAAGAUUGAGUUUGUGGGACACAUCUGGGAGGCGCUAAGUCGAGUGUGGCCUGAGAGGUGGGAGGGUGAGGGUGCUCGUGGAUGGGAGAGUAGGUUGUAGACAUGUCAUGUAUUAGGUUGCAAAGUGAGUGUUUGAAGCAGGUAUAUGACACAAGACUGAUUUUGGGGGGGGGGGGAUGAUGUGGGCGUUAUGGCUGAUGCUUGGCUAUUAGCGUUGUUGUUAUUUUUCACUACCUCUACCUCUACCUCUACUACUACUGUAUGCUAUGUGUAGUUGGUCAAUAUAUCAUCAUCAUCAUCAU